CAAGGCCAAAGGGUUUUUUGAAAGCAUCGUAAAUUUCAGUUUGCUCUGCGUAUCCCAGUGUGCAGUAUUUGUGAACAAUGCCAGAUAACCAAGAAGAAACGUUAGGGCAAGCAAGGAAGGAGGUCAUUCAAGCAAAACUUCUCCGUGAUGUUAUCGACGUACUAAAAGGCAACCGGGAAGCUUUGUGUCACCUACCAGAAAUGCUUGAACAAUUAAGUGAGAUGCCUGAAGCGAUUCCCAAAGUGGAAAAGGCAACAAACACUCUGGACGAAUACAGAAGUGAAGAAGACAAGGUGAUACUAGCACGGAAGGAAAAGGAAGAUUUGGAUAAAAAAGUCAAAUCUCUAUUAGAAGAUAACGAUGUAAAAGCAAAACGGUAGGUAAUUAUGUGUAUGCAUGCCUUCCAUGUAUUAUUUUGUUUUAGGCUGCCCUUUAGUAGCAGCUGUACAAGUGUCGGAUG